AUGGACGCUUCGAUAAUUACGGUACAGGCACAGUACUCUUUCAAGGGUUCCAACAAUGACGAACUGUGCUUCAAGAAGGGUGACAUCAUAACACUGACACAGCGCGAGGAAGGUGGCUGGUGGGAAGGUACAUUGGGCGACAAAACGGGCUGGUUUCCCAGCAACUAUGUUAAGGAAUAUGCCGGACCUUUGCCCCUGUCCGAAACAAUACGACCGCCGGAGGAAAUACAGGCCUUCCGAUCGGUCGUCUUCCGUGACUUGCUGGAAAGUGAGAAAGCGCAUGUCGCCGAGCUGCGAGGAUUGGCCGAAAACUUCCUGGAACCGCUGGAAGGCAGCCAGAUACUCGCUGCCAACGAAUACACACAGCUGAUGUGCAACUUUCUAGAAGUGGUGGAAAUGCACGAAGAAUUUUUGCAAACACUGGAAGACUGUAACGAUCGCGUAGGGAAAGUGUUCUUAUCGAAGGCGCCAACGAUGAAGAAAAUACACCAAUUCUACUGUGCCGCCCAUCCUCGUGCCAUUGUGAUAGUUGAUAAGUUUCGCGAAGAGCUAAAUGUGUUCAUGGAAAAGCAGGGUGCAGCCAAACCGGGUCUGCUGGUCCUUACCACAGGCCUUUCGAAACCCUUCCGGCGCCUGGACAAAUAUGCCGCCAUACUGCAAGAGCUGGAAAGGCACAUGGAGAGCGGCCAUCCGGAUAGGGGCGAUACGCAGCGUAGCAUUGCCGUGUACAAGGACAUAGCUUCGUCCUGUUCCGCCACCCGGCGGCAGAAGGAGCUAGAGCUGCAGAUAUUGACUGGGCCGGUGCGUGGUUGGCAGGGCGCUGAAUUGAGUACGCUCGGUGACAUCAUACACAUGGGAAGUGUGGCGGUCGGGCCGGAGCAUAAGGAUCGUUACUUGGUGCUGUUUCCUCAAACGCUACUAAUACUGAGCGUAAGCCAACGAAUGAGCGCUUUCAAGUAUGAGGGAAAACUUCCUCUGACGGGAAUCACUGUGAAUCGGUUGGAGGAUACGGAUCAGAUCAAAAAUGCGUUCGAAAUCAGUGGCACACUGAUCGAUCGUAUCGUAGCCGUGUGCCAAGGGCCGAAUGAGGCCAAUCGGUGGGUGGAACUGCUCAGUCCCAAGUCUGGUGCGAUCGAACAAAACAGCAGUGCAGGAGCGGUGGACAUGAAGCGCAACGUUAGCAGCUCAGCAGUAAAUAUCCCACAGCCUCCGCCUCAUAUGUCACCACCGUCAGCAACCGGAAACAGCCACCCGUCUCGGAGCGGCACGUCCAGUAUCGUGCAGCACAUGUCGCAACACAAACGCAGUCAAUCGUUCAAUCACCAUCUCAGCUACAAUCAAGUUCAGCAACAGCAGCAGCAGCUCCAGCAACAGCAACUAAAGCAACAUCCACCGAAUCCAAGUCUGUUAGCUUCCCCGAACUCCCUGAACCUAAAUCGUCACGAGGCAAAUCAGGCGGCACCAAAUCAAAAAGGUUUUUCGGAAAAAGUUAAUUGGAACAUUACAAACCUAAGACCGGCACCUCCAUUGCGUCCAGCCUUUUUAAGCUCGGUAGCCGUCAGUAGUGCUGGCGGUGGUGCGGCGGGUGGUGGAUCGGGAGGCGGACGAAGUGCAACGGCAAGCAUUACGGGAAGCAUUGGUGGAGCGGCGGUUAGCUGCGUCGGUGGUGGGAGCAAUAGCAACAGUGGAGGAAGCAGUUCGGGCUUGAACGCCUCCGACAGCGUGCACCACUGUCUGUCUUUCAGCUCGAGCAGCAAGGUUUCGCCCACCUACGAGGAGGACGCAUUGGUGCUGCGCGUCAUUGAAGCAUACUGUGCCGCUUACCAGAGCACCUCACGCAACACGAUGCACUCAGAGAUUCGAUCGCUUUCUGGCGAACCGGAUUACAAAUCGGUGAACCUUACCUGGGAGGUGGAAAGCGUCCAUGGCGAAGAAGAACGUCCGGUUGGGUAUAAGGGACGAAUGGGAAAGCAUGCUACCUCCCCGAUGUCCACCGUGCGUGGUCCACGAUCGUUCAACGUGUUCUACUGUGAGCUGCAGAACUGGGGACCUCACCGAUGUCGGUCCAAAAUUGUUACGGACGAGUCUGGUGACAGUGGGAAAAGCAAACAGUACUCGCUACUGGUGAAGAAUCUUCGAAUGGCGACGAAGUACUCGUUCCACGUGAAGCCUCAAGCCAAAAAGAGUGAACAGCGUGCUAGUGGUCGAGCGGACGAUGGUGAGGAAGACGAUCAGAAUGCAGCUACGACUGCUAUCAACCAAGGUCAAACGAUCAUCAUCCCUACGAAGGGCUUUUCGGCCCAUGCGACUCAGUGCCUGCCCGAUGCUUCCGAAAUUGAGGUUGAAACGGGACCAUACUUCGGUGGUCGUAUUGCAGCGGAAAAUGGCAACUGCGGCAUCCAGGGAGACGUAUCCAGCCCGCAGGAAUCGUACACGAUGCGCAUCGAUCAUGACAAGUGUGGCAGCAAGGUUAGCACACGAGAUCUUACCGUCGAGACGUACAUCACCGUGCAGGAGAAUCUAGGUAUUUUGACGCACAGUACGCGCAGGUUCGUGGUUGUUUGUACCUUCCAGCCCGACACCCUUACCGUCCGUGCUCGUUUGGCACUACCCGGGAAGGGUGGUGCCGCUCCCGUACCCACCUCCGAAUGGUGGCCAGCAACUGGGCGUAAUGCACGUGUUCGACAGUUCAACAUGGUGGACAAAAGCAGUUUGGUGCUGAAAGGCACGGAAGAUGACGAACCACCGCACAAUGGCGUGGAACAGCAGCAGCCACAGGAAGAGGAUGAUACGGGUGUUCCUGCGGAAGUGCGAGAACUCCCGGCAGUUGAGGCAGACAGUCAAAAGAAAGCAUCCACCGGCAGCAGUAGUGUGGAGAAGAGUGAGGAUAAGUCGUCGAAAAGUGCGAGUAACUACGCACGACUCCUCAACGAACAGAGGACCGAACCGGACGAAGGAGCCGGACUGAUCGAUGAGUUGGACGAGUACGGACAGGAUCUGUCGGCGGAGAACGAUGCGCUUGGGGCAAUGGGCGAAGGAACUGAUGGGACUGGUCGCCGUGUUGCGAUCGGUGCCAACUCUCAGCGGCGAUCUUCGGGCGGAUCGUCAACUGCCGGUGGUGGAGCGUUCGAUGCUACGGGUCUGCUUAUAUCCGCCUGCCUGGCUGUGAUACUGAUCGGUGCACUCGUAUAUCUGCUGCAGCGCGAGUUUAAGAAGCAGCGCAUGAUACACCAACAUCAGCAGAUGGAGCGGACGGCCUCCGAGCGUCGAGGUGCGGUGGGCGUCACCAUGUAGAAUUUAUCCUUGACUGAACUG